AUUAAGCAAGUGCGCGCUAAAACGUACUUCUUGUAUUUUAAAUAAGUUUCACAAUGGUAGUGAAAAGAAACGAUAAGUGAUAAUGUGGUUGCAGCGAUUCUGUACACCAUCCAUACUCCCACGCAUUCAAAAAGAGAACAUGUGAAACAAUUUCAAUUGCACUUAAGUCAUUUGCUACUAAUGUGGUAGAUAGAUAACCACUUAUAUAGUUCGUAUCGUUAAAAACUUCAACGUCAACCUCCUUUCAGUAAACUUAUUAAAUAAUUCAGUAGGGGCACAGGUCGUGGUAUAAUGGAGUAUUAUAGAUUCCAAGUCACAUUGUUUAUGUGACAGUGCUCGCGCGACACCCGAAGUGAUAGGGUACCGUAACCAUGUAUCAGGAAACCGAUGGAGUCACCUCCAAGAUCGAGAAGAACAAAUUCGAAUCUUCUAUCAGUGAGCUGAAGAAGAAGGCGUUUGUCUCUGCGGCUGACAUAGAGAGCUAUGGCGAGAGCGGUGUGACGGAGCAAUAUCAAAAAGCGUACCACCGCUCCCUAGUGGAUCCCGAGGGAUUCUGGGCCGACGUGGCAAAGGAGAUCGAGUGGGCUAAGCCUUGGGACCAGGUUCUGGAUCACUCCAAUCCUCCAUUUACAAAAUGGUGGGUAGGCGGCGAGUUGUCCGUCUGUCACAACGCAAUCGACCGGCAUGUGGAGAAAGGCCAGGGCGACAGCGUGGCCCUGGUACACGACUCCCCGCUCACCGACACAGUGAGGCGCAUCACCUACAACGAGAUGAGGGACCAGGUGUCUCGCUUAGCCGGGAAACUGUCGGAGCUAGGAGUGACGCGAGGGUCCCGCGUCCUGAUCUACAUGCCGCUGAUCCCCGAGGCCGUCAUCGCCAUGUUGGCGACCAACCGCAUCGGGGGCAUCCACUCUGUGGUAUUCGGAGGAUUUGCGGCUAGAGAGUUGAGAACAAGAAUUGAGCACGCGGAACCCACUAUUAUUAUUGCAGCUAGUUGUGGAGUUGAACCAAAUAAAAUUGUUAGAUACAAAGAUAUCUUAGACGAGGCACUAUGUCAAAGCUCACACCAGCCUUUGAAGUGCAUUAUUUACCAGCGGCGAAGAGUUCUUGAGUGUUCUCUUGAGAAAGACAGAGACAUGUGCUGGAAAGACGCACUUGAGAGCGAACCGGUGCCAUGCGUGCCUGUCGAGGCAAAUGAACCCUUAUACAUUCUUUAUACUUCUGGAACUACUGAUGCUCCAAAAGGUGUCCAACGCCCAUGUAGUCAUGCAGUUACGCUUUGUUGGUCCAUGAACACGAUAUAUGGCUUAAAAAAAGGUGUUUGGUGGGCUGCCUCUGACCUUGGUUGGGUAGUGGGUCAUUCAUAUAUCUGUUACGGUCCCCUACUUGCCGGUCUGACCACUGUUUUGUACGAAGGCAAGCCGGAUCGGACACCCGAUCCAGGACAGUAUUUCAGGAUAAUAGAACAGCAUAGAGUCAAUGCGUUAUUCACAAUCCCCACCGCAAUUCGUGUGCUGAAGAGGGCCGAUCCUAACGCCAAAUACGCUAGGAGAUAUUGUAAUCAGUCUUUGAAAUCAGUAUUCAUUGCCGGAGAACACUGCGACCAAGACACACGUCUAUGGGCAGAACGUAUAUUUUCAGUGCCCGUGCUAAACCACUGGUGGCAAACAGAAACAGGCUCAGCGAUUACUGCUGCCUGUCUCGGGUAUGGCAUUAAAUCAGUACCGCCACAUUCCGCCGGAUACCCUGUUCCAGGAUACGAGAUGCUUGUUCUAAGAGAAGAUGGUUCAGAAUGUCAAACGGGCGAAGUUGGUAGAUUAGUUGCAAAGCUUCCUCUGCCUCCUGGGUUCGCCUCUACACUCUGGCAAGCAGAUGACAGAUUUAAAAAGACAUACUUCGAGUCGUAUCCAGGUUACUACGACACUCAAGAUGCCGGUUGGAUAAGUGCAGAAGGAGCCGUUUGGGUUGUAGCCCGUGCUGAUGACAUCAUUAAUGUAGCUGGUCAUAGGCUAUCGACUGCAGCCAUAGAAGAUGUUGUGCUAAAGCACGCAAGGAUAGCAGAUGCUGUUGUCGUUGGUGCCCCUGAUGCUACCAAGGGCGAUGUACCUUUAUGCCUUUACGUUAUGAGACCACCCCAAGAUGAUGAAGAAAUUGUGGCUGAAAGUACAGUAACCCAGGAACUUAUCGCAUUAGUUCGCCAUCUGAUUGGACCAAUAGCAGCGUUUAGGAAAGCUGUUGCUGUCCCUGCGCUACCUCGGACUAGGUCUGGCAAAGCGCUCAGAGGAGCAAUUGCAAAAUUAGCUAGAUCACAAUUAGUGCGACUGCCAGCUACAAUUGAAGAUGCAAGUGUAUUUGCUGAAAUAAAAAUUGCACUGCAAAAGUUUGGAUAUGCCAUAGAUGCACCCGAUCCUGAAGUUUAAGAAAAUAAUAAAAA